AUGGUCUGUGCGCUACGCUCCUCAGGCUCUGAUUGGCCGGGAGGUCACAUACAGGUUGUUGGCUCUUUCUCCGUUCCAUCACGCCCCCCCUCACAAAAGUCACAGCUCGAAAAGGUCACUGCAUACACCCAGGUAUCCCUCGUUGUCACUGCGCCUCCCACGGCUAUGGAUGGGUCGAGCAUGCCACAAGCGACGACGCCAGAUGGACACUCUCAUCCAUCACAACCGUAUGACCCCAAUGUUGGAUCUGCCGGAACAUCUGGAGUGCCUCACCAAGUAUCUCCGGACCCAGAUCACUCUAUGGACUGGCAAGAUGUGUCAUUUGCGUCGACCGAAGCCGAUGAGAUCAUCCCUGAAGACGAGGACGAGGCAGCUUAUAAACGUCGCAAAGCACGAGAACGACAAAGGCGUAAGCGGAUGCGAGAUCGUGCGGCCGGUAUUGGGAGGAAUGGCCAGCCUGCUGCUCCUCGUCGGUAUCCUGGUACAGACGUCACACAUUUUGACGGUUCAAAUCCCUUUUCAGAUCCCCCACCUGAUCCGGCGGCUCUCGCAGCAAUGAGCCCCGAGGAAAUCCGCAAGGAGAAAACGCGACGGGCGGCACGUGAGAGGCAGCGGAAGCAUCGGGCAGUGGUGCGCGCUCGGAGGGCUGAGGAAGAGACUGGGACAGAGCCUCAGUCUAGCGCUAGUGGGGGUGCUAGCGGAGGAGCACCAGGGAGUGCGCCAACGGUGCCUGAAAGCACAUUGCCGGUCAAUCCUCCCGAACCUACUGCAGAACCUCACAUCGAGCAAGACGUAAACUCCAGCGAGUCUCAUCCUGUCCCAUAUGAGCAGCCCCCAGCCUUUUACUAUCCACCGCCAGCAAUAUGGUCAAGCAACCCGUUCCCUCACGGACAGUUCUUUCAUACGCACGCUCACCAUCCCGGGCCCUUCGUCCAAAAUGGUCAAAUGAUGCCGCCCCAUAUGAUCCCGAUGCUCGCUCCGCAACAGCAGCCCCCUCAAACAAUGAACCCCAUGCAAAUGCAAGUUUCCCCUGCUCCUCCAUCACCUCGACCCACUGGAACACCUGCACCAGCCCCCACACCAUCUCCUGCGCCCGCUCCCCCUCCUGAACCGUCGCCUACAUCGGCUUCGGCUCCUCAACCGAGUGGAGGCCCACCCCCUGUUGGCAACGUUGUCCCUGGGUUCCCUCCCCCUACUUCAGCUCCCGCCCCAGCCCCCGCAACAACACCCACUCCUAUUCCUCCGGCCACGCCGGUUGCGCUACCGGCUGCUCCCACUCCAACUGCCCAGACGACCGCUGUACCCCCUGCCCCUUCACUCGGGCUUCCAAUGUCAGCAAUGAUGCCAAUGGGCGGACCUACGUUGACUCAACCCCCUCCGAGUCAUACUUCAGGUCAAGCCUUUGCAAUGAUCGUAUCUCUGGCGCUAAAUACCAGUGAAGCUCAAUUGCUUCGGGCUCAUAUAAUGCAUCAAUUACGUCUCACUGUAAUGGACAUGACGGAAUUGGAAGGAGUUAUCGCAAGGGCAUUCGAUGCUUGGGAUCGUGAGCGCGGAGGGGAUUCCUCCAACAGCCAGUUGCAGCAGGCGAUGCAGAUUCCCGGUUCACUUCCAAGCAUGUUUCGCCAUAUGCCCCCAACGCAACCUCAACAAGCAGUUGCGCAGUCAGCACCAGCACCGUCACAAACACUGGUAUCUCAGCCCCAGGCUCCGGCCCAACCCCCAGCUCAAUCUGCACCUCAACCGCAGCAACCUCCAGAGCCAACGAUGUCACAGCAAUCCCCAACACAAGCUCGUGUUCAUCCUCCGCCCACUACUCCUCAAAAUCAGCCGCGCGCACCGCGUACAUCAACCGUAACCUCUCGACGCACUCUUGGAGUUGGCCAGCCCCAAAUGCAGACGGCGACGCACACGCAAUCUCAGCCUGCUGGGACCCUAAACGUUCCUCGACCGAUUGCGGGGAGGUCCGUUAGCGUCAGCGGUCCCUCGGCGCGAAGCAUAGGCCUCAAUUCUGCCCAAGCUAUUGUGGCUGCAUCCAACGAACAAGCCCAACGCACGGUUUCACAACCCCAACGGCAUUCCCAUAUUCCUCCUCCAGCACACGGUAUGCGGGCAGCUUCAUCUUCGGUUACCAUGACCAUAGCAGGCCAGAAGCGACCCGCGCCGAACCAACCGGGAUCAUCACAGACACGUCCCGCCCCUGCUCACCCGAUACACUCGGCGCCCGCACCCCCUGGCCAAACACGCUCUACGACACAACCGUCGCCUCAAAUUCAGACGCGCCCACAGCCCCAGCAGCAGCAACAUUCUCGACCAGGCAGCCAACCCCAAACGCCUAUUCUGGGCCCUUCAACCGGCGGCAGCGCGAGCAAAUCCGGGAGCGGAAACGGUGGCAAUCUUACUAUGCCGGUGCUCGGCCAUGGCCCUUCUACUUUGGCCUAA